UAGUUCUCAGCCACAAACAGGAAUUUCCAAAAAAGAGAGAGCUGCUUUUCUCUUCUUGUUCAAGUUGCUUGGUUUUGACUCUUCUUCUUUCUAUAUUAAUUAAAUAAAAAACCAAACUACUACUGAAAACACAACUGAGAGAUAAAAACCAGAGCUGCCACUCUUUCACAGUUAACCAAAGCUGGAGUUGCUAGUUGCUAGUUGCUAGUUGCUAGCUAUCUGCUUGAUUGCUCUGUUUUAGCAUCUGGGCUUCUUUGUUAAGAUUAUCAUGGACUGGUAUGUUGGAAGUAGUAUUGAGGAACUUGUUGUCCCCAAGGAUCAAGAACCAUCCGACAGAUUUCUAUUAUCAGAAAGUUGGCCGAAUUGGGGUACGAGCGACUCCGAAAGUUUUGAUUUUCCUAGCAAAAGCUUUGAUAUUGAUUCAAAGUUAACUCGGGAAAAACUCGACCCCAAUGGUGAUUUUUUCUCUAAUGAAGUUGAAGGGGAAAGUUGUAUCCAUGAUAAAGAUCGUUGUAGUUCAAGUAUAGAUGGAGGAACCUCUGAGGAAUCUCUUUACCGAACUGCUGUUUCAUGUGACCAGCUCGAUAGUCUUUCAGGAUUCGAACAAAUGGAUGACAUAUUCUUUAGUUCACUAAUCGAAGAUCUGACUGGGACUGAAAAUCUUCAUCAUUCAUUUUGCUUCGAGCCUGAAUUCCAGAAUCAUAUGGUAAAUGGUGACAAUGUCUCGAGAGACAUGAUUUUAGAUACACACAGUAUUUUGAGUGGCACACACAGUAUGGGAAGUUCUAUGCAUCUCAAAACACACAUAUUUUCUCCAACAGUGGAUCAGGAGAACAACAAAGUUCCUGCUCCACUGCUUAUUUCAUGCAAUUCAGGGCAAAAGCAUUGCCCAGUGGUAAAGGUACCGCUGUCCAAAGUCUUGGUCCCUUCUGAGCAUAACAGAAUAAAUGAACACAUGGAUGAGGAAACAUCUCUUGAGGAAUCUGUUUUACAGGAUCUGGAAUCAGUGAUGGCACAGUUGACCGACAAGACUCGACUUUGCUUUCGUGAUGCCUUAUACCGUCUGGCCAAGAACUCAAGGCAACAUGAGGAGAGACAGGAUCACAAUGGGAACAUGUCCAUGAAAACUUCCCCGUGGACAGGUCAAGAAGAGAAAAUGAGGCCUGAAAGAAGACAAAAUAUGGAGUUGGAGACUAACAUCAUUGACAGAACUGUCGCAAACCUCAUGUUCAAUAAGAUGGACAUAAUAACUGAACAUGACUUUCCUGCAUCAGCAUCAAUAAGUUUCAGAGAGGAAGCUACCAAACCACUGAACUACAAGCCACAAAGCAAAUCUCCUCCUGCCUGUCCAUUAUUCUCAAGCGAUUGUGAGGUUCCAAUCCUAUGUCAAGGAGAGACUAAAACAAGCGAUUCUCGAUGUACACAACCCAAUAAUGUUUAUGGUAAUGUUUAUGAGAUGCUGGUUUGAAGAAUGACAACCAAAUAACGUUUAUGGUAAUGUUUAUAAGAUGCUGGUUUGAAGAAUGGCACGAAAGGGUGUUCGGACGAGGUUCCAUCGAAUAUCAAAUUAAAAGAAAGCUUGAUAUUCGUUUAUGGUAAUGUUUAUGACAUGCUGGUUGGAAGAAUGACAGGAAAGGGUGAUUGGAAAGGGUGAUCGGACGAGGUUCCAUCGAAUAUCAAGUUAAAAGAAAGCUUGAAAAGUUCUCUGGAUUAUCUUCACUCCUUAAAUGUAUAUAUGCAAAAUGAUUUAAUAGUAUGUAUGCUGCUAGGUUAGAGAACCUUACUGAAUUCACUAGGCUCAGUUUUGAAAGUUGCAUAGAAAACAUUAUAGUAACUUCCUUGCAAAACUGUAUAUUCGUUUCUUAUUUUCACUUUUAAUUGAAACAUAGUAUUGCAAGUCCUAAAGCUUUUGUAAAUUGGUUGUGUAUUCAUUGCUUUUUGUA